AUGCGUUCAAUGAAGGCGAAGCAACGGCUCGUCCGACCCCUCCCUCGUCUCCUCUCCACUGCCGCCGGUCAGUCCGUGCCGGCCUCGAGCCAAAUCACCCCAAUUACCUCUUUGUUGAUCGCCAACCGCGGCGAGAUUGCUCUGCGAAUCCACAAGACUGCCAACAGGCUGGGCAUCAGGACGACAACUCUAUACACAGACCCCGACAGCGCCAGCCAGCAUGCCGCGUGUUCCCCACACUCCCUAGCGUUGGGAGACGCGAGAGCCUACCUCGACGGUGAGCGCAUCAUCUUGCUGGCCAAGAAGCACGGAAUCCAGGCCCUUCACCCUGGAUAUGGCUUCCUAUCCGAGAACUCCAAAUUCGCCGAGAGGUGCGAGAAGGAGGGCAUCGUCUUUGUGGGACCGCCAGCGCAAGCCAUGGCCGACAUGGGUGACAAGGCACGAAGCAAGGAAAUUAUGACUGCUGCCGGGGUACCAUGCGUGCCGGGAUACCACGGCUCUGAGCAAGGGGAGGAGCAACUGCUGCAGCACGCCAAAAACAUCAAGUUUCCUGUGCUCUUGAAGAGUGUCAAGGGAGGUGGUGGAAAGGGCAUGCGCAUCGUCAUGAUGGAGGACGAGUUCGCCGCCCAGCUCCGCAGUGCUCGUGCCGAAGCUCGCGCCUCAUUCGGUGAGGGUGGGGAGGUGAUGCUGGUGGAGAAGUACAUCGUCCGGCCGCGCCACGUCGAGGUGCAGGUCUUCGCCGACAAGCUGGGCAACUGCGUGGCUCUCGGCGAGCGUGACUGCAGCAUACAGAGGCGUCACCAGAAGAUUCUUGAGGAGUCGCCGGCGCCGGACUUGGACGAUGAGACACGCUUUGAUCUCUGGGAGAAGGCGAGAAAGGCAGCCUUGGCCGUCAACUACGUUGGUGCCGGUACCGUCGAGUUCAUCCUCGACAAGGACACCGGCGAUUUCUACUUUAUGGAGAUGAACACUCGUCUGCAGGUCGAGCACCCCGUGAGCGAGAUGGUGACGGGCACCGAUUUGGUCGAGUGGCAGUUCCGCGUCGCCGCUGGUGAAAAGCUGCCAUUGACCCAGGAAGAGAUCGUGGAUAACAUCAAGCAACAUGGAGCAGCCAUCGAGGCCCGUAUCUAUGCCGAGAGCCCCGAGAAGGGAUUCAUGCCUGACUCGGGCAAGUUGAUUCACCUUACCACGCCACACAUUAACAAAGAUAUUCGCAUCGACGCUGGAUUUGUCCAAGGCGACACUGUCUCGGAGGCUUACGACGGCAUGAUUGCAAAGUUGAUCGUUCGUGGUAAAGACAGAGAGACUGCCAUUCGUAGGAUGGAAUUGGCCCUUCGGGACUAUGAAGUUGUUGGCCUCAGCACCAACAUUGAGUUCUUAAAGAGCCUGUGUCGGUCGCCCGCUUUCAUCAAGGGAGACGUCGAGACGGGUUUCAUCGAUAAGUGGAAAGAGGAGCUUUUCAAGCCGCGACCCAUCCACAGCGAAGUGUUCAUACAGGCCGCUCUCGGUUCGCUGUCUCCUCAACUGGUCCAUGAUGCUCCUCACGGGGGCAGCCUGGGGUUCGGUGAGGCCAGCACGUUGAGCGAGCGUAAAUUCGUCUUCAAGGUCCUUGACUCGUACAGUGAGAAAGAAGGAGAGGUGGUAGAGGUGAGUAUCACACAAAAGUCUAGCCAGCUCUUUGAUGCCCGCGUGACGAGAAAUGGCGAGGAGACACAUGAGAUCAAAAAUCUUGUCAGCAAAUCCCUUGCAAACUCGUCGUCAACAAACUCGUUGACGACAUUUUUCCCCAAUGAGCGCCUCGCGUCUACAGUCGUCCAGAAUACGCAGAACGAGCAAGAUAUGAAGAUCGUAGUGUUCCAACACGGAAUCAAGACAGAACUCUCUCUUCUGCCACCGAGUUGGUUCGAAAAGGCCCUUGGCUUGAGGGAGGCAACAGCGUCAGUGGUAGCGCCUAUGCCAUGCAAGAUUCUGAAGAAUGAAGUGGAAGAGGGACAGACAGUGGCUAAGGGAGCCCCAUUGGUUGUCAUCGAGUCCAUGAAGAUGGAAACGGUCAUUCGGUCACCACAAAACGGCGUAGUCAAGAAGCUAGCGCAUAAUGAAGGCGAUAUCUGUAAGGCUGGAACUGUUUUGGUGCUAUUUGAAGAGGAAGCUGGCGAGGAGUCAUGA